CUCCCGGGAGACCUGCUCUGACUCCCAAGCUAGGCAAGGACCCUUGAAUUCUCCGGAUUAUAGGAAAGUGAUCAUUAGGGCAGGAAACAGAAUCCUCCUAUCGCUAGCUUCAGCGCAGGGGAGUCCAGCGCAAAGAUCACUGAUUAGGGAGUCAGGAGCCGCGUCAGUCAGACUGUGCCAAUUCCCAGCUGUGCGACCCCGACUCUGCCUCUUAAGAGUUUGGUUCCUCAUCUGUAGAGUUGCUGUGGAGAGUUCAUAAGAAGAGGCUCUGUGUGUGGCUUUGUAAGUUGUCAGGCAGCUUACCGAAGUGGGGAGUGAAUUUGGGACAGAUGAAACUGAAGACCAAAUUAACUUCUUGGAACUCACAGAAUAAUUGGUAGAGCCGGACAAGAAUCCAACCCCUUAACUGCAGAGACCAGAGAUCUUUCUAUUACAGUCUUGGAAAAGGAUCCUCAGAUCUUUGCAAAUUAACUUGUGGAAAAAAUGCCUAAAGUCAAAAGAAGCCGGAAAGCUCCCCCAGAUGGCUGGGAGUUGAUCGAGCCAACACUGGAUGAAUUAGAUCAAAAGAUGAGAGAAGCUGAAACAGAACCUCAUGAGGGAAAGAGGAAGGUGGAAUCGCUGUGGCCCAUCUUCAGGAUCCACCACCAGAAAACCCGCUAUAUCUUUGACCUCUUUUACAAGCGGAAAGCCAUAAGCAGAGAACUAUAUGAAUAUUGUAUUAAAGAAGGCUAUGCAGACAAAAACCUGAUCGCAAAAUGGAAAAAGCAGGGUUAUGAGAAUUUGUGCUGCCUGCGCUGCAUUCAGACACGGGACACCAAUUUUGGGACAAAUUGCAUUUGCCGGGUUCCCAAAAGCAAGCUGGAAGUGGGCCGCAUCAUCGAGUGCACACACUGUGGCUGCCGUGGCUGCUCUGGCUGAGGUCCUUGGGCACUGACCCCUCGACCCUGGACUUCAGACUUCACAGGUUUCUGCCUAUUGUGCCACCCCCUUUCCUGGGAGCAGCUCUUCUUGCAGAGCAGUGCCCUGGGCCCGAGUUAGAGCAUGGUCUCUACAGGUGAAGGCUUCAGUGUUCAUCAGGUGUGAUUUGUAAAAAUAAAACCUUUAAACCUCUAAA